ACCAAACAGGGCUGCAAAUAGCAAGAAGCUUCAGUGCAAGGGAGGAAGUCACCAGGAGAAUGCUGAUAAACGCCAGAGCCAGUUUGUUUACACUGAGACUCCAGCAAUAUAUCAUGAGUCAGAAAAUUCAAGCCACCAGAUGCUUUCCGACAAAGGGGGUCCAACAGGACCGUUCUGAGGGUGGGGUGGAAAGGGAGAACCUGAGACUCGGGAAGCAGGGGAGAAAUCAUGCCCACAACCCGAGGGUUGCUUCUCAGGGGCUGACCUGACCCCUGCCCUGCUUCAAGAGAUAGCACUGGGGCCUGCUCAUUUAAGGACUGCGCGAAAGGACCUAGGCACCGGCGAGGGUCGAACCAAGUUCCCAGGGAGAGGGAAUUAAGGUCACCCGAGUGGGGUGUCCGGCAGGGAGAGAAGACAGCUGGCUAGGGAGGACUUAAACGGGGGCAGGCCGAGGAAGGGGGAGUCAGGUCCCACAGAGGAAACUGGUUCAGUCUUGGGUAAAGAGGGCCGGCCAUAGGGGGAAAUGGGGGACAGGCCCGGGAAGAGGGGGGCAGGCUGGGCCGCAGCAGGACACGGACCGAGCAGGUCAGGGGGUGUCCGGCUGGGGCGGUUACAAGCCCGGGAGCCGGCGAGGCUCGGCGCCCUGCUCCCUGCCUUGGGGCAUCCUCCUGCCAGCGGCUGCUCUGGCUGCUCCGGGCCGGGCCGCCUGGUCCGCUGCCACCGCUGCCGCCGCCAUCUUACACUGGCCAGCCGCCGCCACCGACGCCACCGACGCCGCCGCCGCCGCUACUCUCUGCGCUUGCGCCUGCGCCGCCGCGCUUUCCGGCCCCGUUUGCGACGAGGCGCCCGAGGAGAGCUGGAGAUGGGUAGAGCGCGAGCUCCCGUCCCCCAACACUUCUCUGCAGUCCUGCUGGGCGGGGUGAGGCCGGUGGCUAACGGAAGACCUGAGGUCCAGCGCGUGCGUAUUGGGGCUCCAGAAAGCCCCGAGGCAGUGGCUGAGUCGUUCCUUCAAAUGGCGGAGAACGAAAUUUCAGCUGGACCAUCCUCAGAAAAAAAUUGUCUGCGCAUCUCAGGGGCCGUGCAGAGGUGCAGAGGGCCUGGCCUCCACCCAAGAUUCGCCUGCCUGCUGCAGGGUACGGAAACAGGCUGUCGUAGCGAGAAGCCUCGGCCCUCAGCGCCGUGCAGCCCCCGCCUGGCGAGGCACGCGGCUCCAGUGCCCUUACCCGCCCGCCAGCUGUGGUCUCUGUGGCUCUUCCCCCCUGCGCCUGGGGAAACGCGUCUCCUCCGGCCUUGAGCUAAUUUCUGCCGAGCACUCUGAGCACUUCCAGCAGCGAAUCCAGCCUUCCCCUGAGAGCGGCCAUUUCCACGCUAAAAUAUCCACGACGAGGUUGGAAUGGCACUGGAGCUGGAGUCCCCGAGGCUUUGAUGUCUCAACCCAGUUGGCAAGGAGCCAGCAGUGAGGGCGAAAAGGCUGGAAGCUGGCCUAAGGAGUCAGGGGUGAGAGAACUGGUUUCACCAAGCCAAUGGAGAAGAAAAGAGACUGGGCAGGGGUGGGGGAGGCGGACCGAAGCUACGUCCCGGGGCCUACGGAGGCUACCGCAGCUGCCCAGUACCCCUGUCUCCGACCCUGGGCUCCCUGGGCCGAAGAAGUUCGUCACCGAACCGGGCCAGGGGUUGGCAGCCCUUCUUGCAGCGAAACCCCGACUCCAGCGGGAUGGACCCUGAAGGGAAAGUCAGCCCUCACCCAGCGCCAGCUUUUGCGCUUUCUAUCACCCUCCACGCCUGGCAUCCCAGGUCCUUCGUCCCCGCAAUGGCCCCAGCCUGGCCCUUACUUUCCAAAAGCUCGUCCAUCUCCGGGUCCGCGCUGGAAGGACUCUCUUCCUCUGCUGCGGCCAUCUUGCUACCUUCGACUUGCCGUAGAAGGCUGGACUCUUGUCUUCCUACCACGUGCUCCCCUCUUCCUACCCGCUGUCCUUCGGUCUCGCGCAGCCAAUGAGAAGAGAGGCGCGCCAAGAGCCGCCAUUUUUAAAGAGACAGAUGACCUCAUUUUUCUCGUCUUGUUGACAUCUCUCCUACUGCUUCUGCCAAACUGAGCGGUUCAUCUUCCCCGCCCCCGCCCUCGUGCAUCCCACUUCCACAAGUCUCCACCUGUUGAAAUCCCUUCAAAGCCCAAUUCUGGUAUCACUCCUUCCCUGAAACAUCCUUAGUCCUAGCUGAAAACGAUCUUUCUUCACUUUAUUCAAAGCUUUGCGUGACUCAUUAUAGCUCGCAUUAGCUAUUUUGUACAGGUUUAAUCCUUUUGGAUUGCAAAUUUUGACAGGAAAUACUUUUGUAUUUUCCACAAUAGAAAGAAUACCAGACACUGAGUGACUGUGAAUGCCAUUUAACCUCAUUUGUAAAAUGUGGUUGAUAAUGUUUGUCUUACAAGGUUGUUGCAAGGAAAGCAUCUUGUCAUUCACAAAAGGAUAUGCAAAUAUGUAAUUUCAUCUUUGUAUUUAUUGCCUUGCAUUUUUAAUAAAUGUUUGUUAAAUUGAGCCUGCAAAUUAACCUAGACCUAGAUCAGACACAGAGCUUAGUAACAUGACUUUUUUUUUUGCCCUGCUUCCCUUAAUCUUUUUAGAGACUCUAUAAAGUCAUAAUAAAUCUUCCACAGUCCCAUCCUGAGAUGUAAGGAGGUGACAGCUUGAGACAAAUUUGAAAGCCACCUGUAACUGACAUGUACAAUCUUACAGACAAAAAAAAAUGAAUGCUUAGUAAUUGCAUGUUAUUUGAAGCCAAUCUUUCUCCUGUUUCUUCACUUCUUAAUUUUUUAACUAACUUCAAGUUUUACACUAGUAUCCACCCUUUCAAGCAGUUAAAAUUAAUAACAGCAGGCUAACUCAUUUAACCCACUCAAUUCCUUAGUACAUCAACAUGUUUUGUGUUCUACAUUUGCUAUAUUUGUCAAAAACCAUUUUAAGAAAUUGAACUUGUUAUCCUCUUAGAUGCAUCUGCUUCUCCACUCACAUAAUUCAGGCCCUCAUUGACUCUUCUUCAUCCCUCACCUGUAUUUAAUAGCCUCCCCCUUAGGCCAAUGUAAGCUCUGAGAAUGAGGGGACUAGUUGGGCUACUGUGGGGUUUUUUAUUUGUUUUUUCUUGGUUUUGUUUGUUUACCUUUGUACCCCCAUUACUUGCACAAAACAGGUGCUUAUUAAAUGUUAGUUGAAUUGAU